GCGGGGAGGAGUUUGCUAACUUUCAGUUUAAGGGCAUUGUGGGAAACAACUAUGGUCUGAGACGGCUUCACCUGUCACCUCGGCAGCUUGCUGCUCCUGAAGGGGCGGCGGCCGUCGGCGCGUCCCGCUUCUGGUCCGUCCAGUCCGGCAGCCCCGCAGGGAGGUGGGCGGCAGCUUUGGCCCCUGCCAACAUGAUCCAUUUCAUACUGCUGUUCAGUCGACAAGGGAAAUUAAGACUGCAGAAAUGGUAUACCACACUCCCUGAUAAAGAGAGAAAAAAGAUCAUCCGAGAAAUCGUACAGAUGAUUCUGUCUCGUGGUCAAAGAACGAGCAGUUUUGUUGACUGGAAGGAUCUAAAACUUGUUUAUAAAAGAUAUGCUAGCUUAUAUUUUUGCUGUGCGGUAGAAAAUCAGGACAAUGAACUGUUGACACUAGAAAUUGUACAUCGCUAUGUGGAAUUACUAGAUAAGUAUUUUGGAAAUGUCUGUGAGCUGGAUAUUAUAUUUAAUUUCGAAAAGGCAUAUUUUAUCCUUGAUGAGUUUAUAAUAGGUGGAGAAAUCCAGGAAACCUCAAAGAAAACUGCUGUCAAGGCUAUAGAAGACUCUGAUAUGUUACAAGAGACAAUGGAAGAAUACAUGAGCAAGCCUGCGUUUUAACUGAAAAAUCUACUUGACAACCCCAUAAUGCUGCAUGUCGUAAUCUACAAAACUUCAGCUGGAUGUGGUUAUUUUCUUAUGUGCCAGAGCCUUAUGCCAAAAAUAACUUAAAUGGAUUGUGUGUGAAACUUCUUGGAUACUUUGGGUUUCUGUGCUCAGCUUGCAAGACUUAAAAAUAUAGUAUACUUGUAACAGGUGCAUAUUUCUAUUUUUCUCUGUAUAUGGAUUCUCUCAACUGUGGAACUUAAAACAAGCAUCAUUCAGUAGACUUACAUAUUUUGUUUGUACAAUGAUCUUUACCAGCAAAGCAAUAAUUUUAAAAUAUUUUUGAGAAAUGAGCUGUGCUAUAUUUUUGCUAGUACUGUCAAAGAACAAGUUGACAACUAUUUUGUAAAAAAUAUUAUGAAUGUACUGCCUAUUUUGGACUAAAAUAAUACUUUUUUCUCCUAACUACAUAGUUCUUUUUUAAAAUUAUGAUUUCAUAGUAUGUCAAAGUAAUAGAAAAGGACAUUCAUUGGACAACUGUAGGUAUAUUAUAGAUAUGUAUGUGGGGUAUAUAACACAUAUAUGUAUAGAUCCCCUCCCCGCAUGUAUGUAUGUAUGUAUAGAUAUAUUUAUAUGUAAGAUUUCAGCAAAUUUUCAGCCCCUUAUAUCAGCAAACUUGACUAUCUUAUCCUGAAUUUCUUUUUUGGACUUAACUUUGGGGAAAUAAAAGCAAAAAAGCACAACUACCUAUCAUUAAAAACAAAAAUGAAAAUCUUCAGGAGCAGCUGUCUAGGAUGAAAUUAUUCUAAUAAAAUUGUGACAAUCAGAAUUGUAAAAUAUAUAAAGUAUCCCAAAUUGUAUUUUCAUAAAAAUCGCGGAAUUUCAGAUUAGGAAGGAGUUAGCUGACCAUUUAAUCCCACCUAUACUCCAAACUUAUCCAUUUAUAAGAAUGUUUUUUAUAACUUAUUUUUUAAGUAUUCAAAUCAUUUAUGUGACAGCGUCUAUGACUUCUCUUGAGAUGUGAUAAGGUGAUUGAGCUGGGUUCCCUAAUGUACACAGUAUAAUACCUUGGGACACCAAUCAAUUCUUGCUGUUGACUGUGGUGUCAAGACUUGUCUCUUUGGAUGCAUAGAGAAUUCAUGUCCAUCAAAAUGAGACACCUGCAUACCCAAGGGUAGGAAAAGCCUCUAGUUAGUAAAUAUUUUGUAAUUUUCAAUUACAAUUUUCUAACAUCUUAGGACAUUUCUGCCUUUUAAUUUGUACCAAGUGUUUUCCUUAAUACCUGGACAGUGUUAGUCUGGAGGUCUAAGUUCACUCAUAUUGUAGUGAUAAGAGGGACAAUCAUGGUCAAUUUUCCUGGGAGAUGAAUCUACCUACUAUGUGGGUGUCUUAGGAAAUUUUGGAUGGGAUGACUUCUAAAAGAAUUUACUAACACUACAAAUUACUUUUUGUCUGCCUUAGUAGACAUGCACACACAUUUAUUAAACAAAUUCCUGGUUGAUAAAACAAAAACAUAGUAGAUAACAUAAAUUAAUAGUUUGUUUCCCCCUUGCCCCCAAAUUAAUACCAUUUAUAAAUAAUAGCUCUAGAAAUGCUUACUGAUUUUCAUAUGUUUCCUUGAGUAAUCACUUAACCUCAAUGAACGUAUCAAGCUGAGAUUUUGCUUGAUCUGUUUUUCAUCACUUGGUGUACUUGGAGUAUUUGUUGUUCAGUUUUAUAGUAAAAAAAAAAAAAAAAUCAUCAUCCAGGGUUUUACUAUUUAAAAAAAAUAAAGAUGAAAUUUUGCAAAGAUG